GACUGGACAAAAGUAACGACUACUGAAUGCGGUUGUGAUUUGUACGAGUACAGUAAUUCUGACAUUCGUUGGCUGAGCUGUGAUCGUGUUGUGGAGAUUAAUUACUUUGGAGUAAUGGGCGCCACAGUGAUUACCCUUGUCAAUGGAUGCGGCAUCCGAUAUUUCAACAAUGGACAGAUUGAGCUGUACCGCCUCUCCGGGGAGAUCUCACGAUUUGAUCCGGUCACGAAACAACGCACAGAGACUAUGCUCCAUGGUGAUCGCUCAAGAUUUGUCGAAAUAUUUGACUCGAGUGGCUCAUGUCUCCGAAUAGAAGGAACGAAUAAAAGCUGGCAACGGUUUGGAGAACGAUCGACGUACAGAGGGCUUCCCACCGAUCGUCAUGUGUACAAUCAUAGUAAUGUGGAACCAGAAUGGAUUGAGCCAGAAUAUAACGCUCGACGAUGUCCCGAUGGUUCACUGAAGGUCAAGUUCGCUAAUGUCAUGGUAUGUUGUCUAGGUGUAGAGGAUGUCGGCUAUGUGAAGCACACCACUCGGCUGGAGAACGGCAGUGAGCGGAAGCGAAUGUGUGUCGAAUGGGGACAUGUGGCAAGGGCGAGACAACGCCAAAUCGAAGCUCGAAAAUGCCAACAAAUGACAGCUCUUAAUGCUACAGUGUAG